UUUGCCAUGUUAGAAGAUGGUUUUUUGGAAGAUGAUAUCUGGGAAUACAGAUCCAAAAGGAAACCAAAACCAGUGCAUCCAAAUAAUGACUUGGAAAAAAGCCCAAAAUCUGUUGAAAAGACAACAGAUGGGAAAUACAAGUCAAAACGAAGCAGGAAUAAAAAAGGACGGAAAAGAACUGUGGAAGCUAAGGAGAAUGCAAAGAACAAUGAGGUGUUCCCUGGGGGAACACAUAGUAAGACGUCUAUGGCUUCAGAUCAGGACUCAAGUUGUGGAGAGAGUAUUCAGCUGUCCCAAGAAAAGACCACCACUCCGGUAAAGACCUGUAGAACUCAUAAAAACAAACAGGUAUCCUCAAAGAUACGUCCGGUUUAUGAUGGAUACUGUCCCAAUUGUCAGAUGCCUUUUUCUGCAUUGCUUGGUCAAACACCUCGAUGGCACGUUUUUGAAUGUUUGGAUUCUCCUCAGAUCUCUGAAACAGAGUGUCCUGAUGGUCUUCUGUGUACCUCAACAAUCCCUUCACAUUACAAGAGAUAUGCUCACCUCCUGCUAGCUCAGAGUAGGGCAGGUACUAAUUCUUUUGGCAGCCCACCAUGUACGACAGAUGGUCAUUUGAAUUGUUCCAGUGAGACUGAGUCAGGCUUUCUCGGUAACCUUGAGAAAUGGUGGUCUCCAAAUCCACAGAAACAAACUGAGAACUUAAAAGGUGUUUCAGGGGACCCCUGUUUGAUGACCCAAGGUGGAAGAAGAUCUCAGUCUGCAACUGACGCUGACCAAAAGGCUUCCUUUCCUACCAAGAUUGAGAAGUCCCAGAGAGCUCUGCGAUUUUCUGAGUUUGUGAAUAACGACAAAGUGGUAGGAGCUGGGUUGCCUCGUGCUGAUGAAGAAUUAGACAGCUCAGAGCACAUCAAUUGGCUGCUGCCAGAAAAUGACUUUAGCAACUGUGAAAUCUCCUAUUCUCCACUUCAAAGUGAUGAAGAAACAUCUGAUGUGGUUGAAACGCUGGAUGAUUCACAACAGGAACUGUUUUUCACUGAAAACUCAAAAGAUAGAAACCUAGAGGAAGGUAGCAAUAGCUGUAUUCACUUUACCAAACUCCCGGGUCCCUCGCUGAAGGGACAGGAAGAGAGCCGCCCCCAAGUGUCUGGCUUCGUAACUCAGCAUCAGUAUAAUGAAGAAUUGUAUAAAUGCCAUGCUCUAACUGAUUUAUCUCAACUGAUUUCCCAAAACAAUGAGAGUAUUCUUUCAUGUGAUGAUCCAGCAUAUAAUAGUGAUUCUUUUCUGUUGUCGCCACCUGCACUAGCAGGGGAACUUGAUUCUUCUCAUUAUCUGACCACUAAAGCCAAACCUGAUGAGCCAACAUUUGGCUCAGCUCAAGCAAAUACACUGAAGCACGCAAUUGGAAAAUCAGCUGUUUACAGUCACGUUCAGCUUCCAUUAUUUGAAGGUGAAACGUCAAACCCUUUUAAAAUUCAGGGAAAAGAGGAUCUUUCUUUCCAUCCAAACCGAAGUAAAACGAUAGAAUUAUCAAGUGAAAACUUUAAUGGUAAGAAAAAUGCGAAGUCAGUCCAUUUUCGCAGAGAAGUAUUAGAUGGCAGAUUAGACAGCAAUGUUUCGGUUUUAAAUAGAAAGAAUUUACCUAGUACACCUACUGCUGCUACGGUUGCGAAAAUAGUGCCAUCUGGUCCUAGUGCUGGACAUUCUUCUAACAAGGUAAUGAAACAAAUGGAUAUAGGGGUGUAUUUUGGAUUACCACCCAAAAGGAAAGACGAGAAAUUGCCGCAGGAAAGUGCAUUAAAAGGGACGGACUCCAAUCCAGUGGUGAGUCCUAGUAGAAAGAGGUCCCAGCCGUGCAAACGCAAAGCAGAACACUCUUUAAGUGAUUUGGAAUUUGAUGCACAGAGUUUAAACGAGAGUCAGCUCCCUGUGGAAGUUUCUAGUGAGAGGUCACAACACCAAAGAAAGAGGCGUAAAAAGGCAGAUUCAGUACAGAGAGGAGCAUCUCAGAAGUCCGAUCACAUUAACAAUACCAGAUCUGGGACUGCCAACUUAAGUCAAGACAGCCUCUUCAUAAAAGCAGCCGACGGCAGGCAGCAGGAAAGAAGUACAGCAAUCCCAGAAUUAUCUAAUGCAAGAGGAUUAAGACAGAGGAAAUGUCCAUUCUAUAAGAAAAUACCUGGAACUGGCUUUACGGUUGACGCCUUUCAAUAUGGACCGAUUGAAGGCUGCACAGCCUAUUUCCUCACGCAUUUCCAUUCUGAUCACUAUGCUGGGUUGUCUAAAAACUUCACUUCUCCGCUGUAUUGUAGUGAGAUAACUGGCAAUUUGGUGAAGAGCAAGCUUCAUGUGCAAGAACAAUACAUCCAUCCAUUGCCAAUGGACACAGAAUGUCCAGUGAAUGGGGUCAGAGUUGUUUUGCUUGAUGCCAAUCACUGUCCAGGUGCGGUCAUGAUCCUUUUUUAUCUUCCUGAUGGGCCUGUCAUUUUACACACGGGAGACUUCAGGGCAGAUCCAUCCAUGGAACGCUCUCUUUUGGCAAACCAGAAAAUCCACACACUUUACUUGGAUACAACAUAUUGCAGCCCAGAGUAUUCCUUUCCGUCUCAGCAAGAAGUUAUCCAGUUUGCCAUCAACACUGCCUUUGAGGCUGUAACCCUAAACCCACGUGCUCUUGUGGUCUGUGGCACUUACUCCAUUGGAAAGGAGAAAGUCUUCCUUGCCAUUGCUGAUGUUUUGGGCUCAAAAGUUGGCAUGUCCCAAGAAAAGUAUUCAACAUUACAGUGUCUCAAUAUACCAGAAAUGAGUUCCCUCAUCACCACAGACAUGUGCAGUGCACUGGUUCAUAUUCUACCCAUGAUGCAAGUUAACUUUAAGGGUUUACAGCGGCAUUUGAAGAGGUGUGCUGGGAAAUAUAAUCAGAUCUUGGCCUUCCGACCUACAGGAUGGACCCACUGUAACAAGUUAACCAGUAUAGCAGAUCUCAUUCCCCAGACUAAAGGAAACAUCACAAUAUAUGGGAUUCCUUAUAGUGAACACAGCAGCUAUCUAGAAAUGAAACGUUUUGUCCAGUGGCUGAGGCCCCAGAAAAUCAUACCAACUGUAAAUGUAGGCACCUGGAAAGACAGGCGUGCUAUGGAGACCUAUUUUAGAGAAUGGAAAUUGGAAUCAGGAUAUUGA